AUGUUGGCUAGUGCUGGUGAAAAAGCCCAGGAAUUAACUAACAAAACCACCGAUAUGGUAUACGGUGCCGGCGCUGCAGUAAAGGAUACUCUGCGUCUGGAUACGAAGGUUGCUGGUGCCUCACAGGAAGCCGCUGAUAACGCUGGAGAGAAAGUCGACGAGGGCAAACGGGCUGCAAAGAACAAUUACGAGUCUGCAAAGGAUAAGGCUCACGACGGUAAAGAGGCUGCAAAGGAUAAGGCCUGCGAGGGUAAAGAGUCCGCGAAAGAGGCGGCAAAGGAUAAGGCUGAGGCUGCAAAGGAUAAGCUCCACGAGGGCAAAGAAGCGGCAAAAGAUAAGGCUAAUGACGUCCGAGAUUAUUUGGGCAAGAAGAUGCACGAGGGCGCCGAAGCCAUUCAAUCCUAA